AAUUAUAGUACAAUUACCAAUCAAAACAAAAUUUCGAUCAUUCACUUUUAGAAAAUUAGUACAAGGAGAAGUUGAUGCAUGUUUGGAAAUAAUACUGCUACUACUUUUUCAUCAUUUCCCAGAUAGCCUCUAUCCAUGGCCGAUAGCGAGGACUGUUGUUCAACUCACCUCAUAGAUGGGGAUGGUACUUUUAAUACUUCUGGACUUGAGGCUUUCAUGAAAUCAGUGAAACUGUCGGAAUGCGGACUUUCAUAUGCUGUAGUUUCCAUUAUGGGUCCUCAAAGCAGUGGAAAAAGCACAUUGCUUAAUCAUUUAUUUCACACCGACUUCAAAGAGAUGGAUGCUUUCAAAGGAAGGACUCAAACCACAAAAGGUAUUUGGAUGGCAAGAUGUACUGGUAUAGAACCUUGUACUAUUGUAAUGGAUCUAGAGGGUACUGAUGGAAGAGAGCGAGGAGAGGAUGAUACUGCAUUUGAAAAGCAGAGUGCACUUUUUGCCCUUGCUGUUUCUGAUAUUGUGCUUAUAAAUAUGUGGUGUCAUGACAUUGGCCGUGAGCAAGCUGCAAAUAAGCCUCUUUUAAAAACUGUAUUUCAGGUCAUGAUGCGAUUAUUUAGUCCGCGUAAAACAACUUUACUGUUUGUCAUACGUGAUAAAACAAGGACACCUUUGGAAAAUUUGGAACCUGUUUUAAGGGAAGACAUUCAGAAGAUAUGGGAUUCUGUUCCUAAGCCAGAUGCCCACACAGAAACCCUACUAAGCGAGUUUUUUAAUGUAGAAGUUGUGGCCCUUUCUAGUUAUGAAGAGAAGGAAGAACUAUUUAGAGAGCAGGUGGCUAGUUUAAGGCAGCGGUUUAACAAGUCCAUAGCACCUGGUGGGCUUGCCGGUGAUAGGCGGGGUGUAGUUCCUGCUUCAGGGUUUUCUUUUAGCUCUCAGGAAAUUUGGAAAGUCAUCAAGGAAAACAAGGACCUCGACCUGCCUGCCCACAAGGUCAUGGUAGCAACUGUCCGCUGUGAAGAAAUUGCCAACGAAAAGUUUGCAUCUUUUCUUAUGAACGAGGAAUGGAUUGAAGUGGACGAGACUGUAAAGUCCCAUCCAGUCACGGGCUUUGGAAAGAAGAUUAGUUCAAUUCUUGACACCUGUUUCUCAGGGUAUGAUAUGGAAGCUGCAUAUUUUGAAGAAGGUGUUCGGUCUGCCAAGCGAAAGCAGAUGGAAGAGAAAUUCCUGCAGGUUAUCCAACCAGCCUAUCAAUGCAUGCUUGGACACAUACGCUCUGCAACGCUUCAGAAAUUUAAAGAAGCCUUUGAUAAGGCUUUAAGUGGAGGACAAAGUUUUGCUGCUGCUACCCAGAGUUGCUGCGCGUCUUAUAUAAAACAAUUUGAUGAAGGAUGUGCAGAUGCCUUCAUUAAACACACGAACUGGGAUGCUGCCAGAGUAAAGGAAAAAUUUCGGCGUGAUUUAGAUGCGCAUGUUACUGAUGUGCGUACUGCAAAGCUUUCUGAACUUAAAGCAUCAUUUGAGAAAAAAUUAAAUGAUGCACUUACUGCCCCGAUAGAGGCCCUUUUUGAUAAUGCUGGUGAUGACACCUGGCCUUCAAUAAGGAAACUACUCCAGCGGGAGAGUGAAAAGGCUGUGUCAGGGUUUUCUACAGCUCUAACUGCAUUUGAUCUCAAUGAAGAAGAGAAGGAUAAAAUGCUUUCAGGGUUGAAGGAUCAUGCCAGAGAUGUUGUUGAAGGGAAAGCAAAAGAAGAUGCUGGAAGAGUUAUAAUACGCAUGAAGGACAGGUUCACAACAUUAUUCAGUCAUGAUAAUGAUUCAAUGCCGCGGGUCUGGACUGGGAAUGAAGACAUUCGGGCAAUCACAAAAACUGCUCGCGCUGCAUCGCUGAAGCUGCUUUCUGUUAUGGCUGCAAUUCGUUUGGAUAAUGUUGCUGAUAAUAUAGAGAGUACGCUAGAGCUUGCUUUGGUUGAUACCAAAGCUGCUUCUAAAGCCCUUCAAGAUGCACUGGCUUCAAGCUCUUGGGAAAAGGUGCCAGCAUCGCAAACUUUGAUUACUCCUGUUCAAUGCAAAUCUUUAUGGAGGCAAUUUAAGACGGAGACAGAGUACACAGUCACUCAAGCCAUCUCUGCUCAGGAAGCUAGUAAGCGUGGUAACAACUGGUUACCACCUCCGUGGGCUAUUAUUGCUUUGCUGGUGCUUGGAUUUAAUGAAUUUAUGACGCUUUUACGGAAUCCUCUGUGGCUUCUCCUCAUCUUCGUUGUUUAUCUUCUUGUCAAAGCCUUUUGGGUGCAGUUAGACGUCUCUCAUGAAUUUCGCAAUGGCUUUCUUCCAGGACUUUUCUCUAUAUCCACUAAGUUCCUUCCUACGGUGCUGAACAUUCUCAGAAGAUUAUCUGAGCAGAACCAGGGGCCUGCAAGUAAUGAUAGCCGGAGAAAUCCAGCAUUAACGUCGUCGAAUAGCUUUGCCAGUGACUCACCAAGUGCUGCACAUGCAAAAGCUCAGUAAACUGUUUUUCCUUUUUUGUAAGAGCUAUGUAGUCUAUGAUGAAGCUGAUUUUUGGCAGCUACUACUAAUAUUAUAGAACAUUUUGAGUAUAACUCUGAGCUUGGUUAGAGGCCCAAUUUUUACCGCGCGGCACUGCACCACACCGAACCGAACCGCAAAACAGCAAGCCCCCGUCCGCCCCCUAGUAAUGGUAUUUACUACUGGUAUUUCUGUUGUGGAAUCUGUCUUCUACUGAUCCUGGUCUCAUUUUUGGCUGAGUGAAAAGCUCACAUUCCACCAUUUUUGCAUCAUUAACCUUGUAGAUUUUCAUUUGUAUUUAUUGAAAUAUUUUUCAUGUAUGGGAUGUAUAAUGGACGUAGAUUUUGUU